AUGAUGGAGCUCCCUAUGGAAAUGAAUGUUGACGGCGUCCCCAUGGUUCUGUCGAAGGUCAGCUACUCACCCAUGUUGGAUUUCGGGGGUACAUUUUCCUACAGAAGGUAUUGUUUUGUGGGUGAGUUGCAGCCUGAGGGUUAUGUUAAUUGGUUUUUUGCCCCGCUGGAAGGGUAUAAGGAUAAGCGGCUUCGGGUUCAUGAGUCUGCUGUGAAGGAGGGAGCGCUUAAUCACUUGGUGUUCAUGCGACUUGGGGAAUUGUCAUUUCGUCAAUACAAAUUGAAGCAUAUACCUUCUCCUACUGAGCAACCCCAUUCGCCUGUAACACCACAGGGGGAUUCCACGAAACAGUUGAUGGGUCAUGCGCAUCCACAUUUCAAUUACAUAUUCGAAGCCAUGCGGCAGGAUCAAGCGUCUUCGCCAUCCCCACGGAGCUCAUCCAUCGGCUCCGAUUGCACAUACCACUCAUCAAAGGAAAGCUGCGAGUCUCUGCAAAUGUCCUCGUCUCUGGUGGAUCUGCCGGGGAAGCGGUUAUCCAACGCGAGCCUGCGAAGUGGUGUCCGACCACCGCUGGAAGCUCGCCGUGGGGCUGUUUGCGAUGACGAGGGGUUUCUUCCGCCCGUGAGGUCGCUGAAAAAAUCAUCUGAAAGAUCUCAGGAGCUGUAG